AUGACUAUGAUAACACAUCCAGUGGUCCAUGUGAAGAUAUGGAGAGUAAUUCUUCCGAUCAGCAUUACUAUAACGUUGUUGUCGCCCUUGCUCUGUACAUACAAUUUAUAUGCACGGAAAUGCUUCUUCGAGAUAAUUGGCGACUGUUUUUACAUCAACUCUGAUAAUAUGGAUGGUGUUCGAACUCUAAUGACAGAACUCUUGAUUUUUCUAUGUGUAUUAAUGUUAGUUUCAAUGUUGGUCAACAUCGCUUCCGUAGUGGUUCUCUGCAUGCGCAGCAGUGUCUACGACAAAAACAAAAUUGAGAGAAAUAUGCUCAUUUUGGCGAUUUUGGAUUUCCUUGUCAAAGCCGUUUACUUUGCUCUUUACGUUGUCAUAUACACCAACACAGCUUCAUUCAUCGCUGUCAAAGUGAACCCAUAUGCAUCAGACCUCCUUACUUUCUCGAAUGCGUAUCUGCUUAUAAUUCUAAAUAAACGAAUCCGUGAGCGAAUUCGUUCUUUCUUCCGAUAUCCAAAGAAAGGACAACAAUUUGUUGUAACGAAAACUUUUGUUGCAAACAGUUUGCAGCAAGCUCGCUGA